AUGACCGUCAUUGAGGUCAAGGUGUACUUCGACAACAUCUGUGCUUGGUGCUACAUCGGGCAUCGCACUCUUUUCCAGGCCAUCGCUCUCUUCCAGAAGACAUACCCAGGUGCAUCGUCCGACAACUUCAGGGUCUCCUUCUCCCCGUUCUACCGUGACCGAACGCUCCCGGACGAGGCCGUGCCACUCGAAAGUCGACUUGUCUCGUCCUUGGGGGAGGACAAGCUCGGGGAUGUGAAGACCCGUGUUGACCGAAUCGGACGCGCCAAUGGUAUCAGAAUCAACUUGCAGAGCCUCAUUGGAAGUACACGAAGCUCACAGCGCCUGGUGCUCCAUGCAGCAAGAGUUGGCGGACUGUCCACGCAGAAGGACCUCAUCGAACAAAUCUAUUUCCGCUGGUUCGAAAUCGGCGGCGACAUCACGUCUCAUACUUUCCUGCUCGAAUGUGCAGAAGCAGCGGGAUUGGAUGCCUCGGAAGCAGCAAAUGUACUGAAGACCGGCAAGUAUGGCAGCGAAGUCGACGAGCUGGAUGUCCACGCGAGGAAUGAUGGUAUUGCCUGCGUGCCAACCUUCAUCGUCCAUGGAAUCAAGAUCGAGGGCGCCGAGGAUGCAGCCACUUUCUAUGAAGCUUUCGUCAAGACCAAAGAGAAGGAGGCAUCUGACGUCCCCGCUCCAACAACAUGA